AUGCACGUACAUGAACAGAGCUUCUAUUUUCAGCUAUAUUAUCGAUAGCAAACAAACUCAUCGAUACUGAGACAAAACACCUACCGAUUAUGCCAUCGAUAGUUCGUCAUAUCAAUGACCGCCUCAAACGUUUCUGUUUGGUAUGGCACAGCACCAUUUGUUUGCCAUUUUUGCCAUUGCUUUUUUAUAACUGUAAAAUUGCUUCCAAGUUACAUCAAGCAAAAAAGAAGAAACAAUACAUCUGGAAGAGCAAACAUCGAGACGCAGACAUGUCGUUGACAGAAAAACACAGCAAUUCUCCGGCACCAACAACUGGUUCGGUCGAUGAUUUGCUGAGCAAUGUAACCAGUUUUAUUGACAGUGUCCUGAGUUCUUUGUCUCCUGAACUUCCUGUCAGGAAUGACACAACAUCAUCCAUAUCGCCAACAACUCCUACGUCACCCACACCUUUUGCUCGAAGGAAUGGACGGCAGACGCGUCGUAACAUAGAUGAGGAUAUUGAAAGAAUUAAUAGAAUAUGUGAUACCGUUGAUCGGGAUUUGCGUUCGGUAAACAUUUUCAUUAAUCCAGAAACAGAUACUCGUCAACGUAACACAGUCAGAGCCAUUUCCAAUUCAAGCACAACUACAGAUAAUAAUGAAGCUUCUCGAGGUGGAUUGAAUCCUAGACGUCGCCGAUGUUCCAACCGUAGAUCCGCAACACCGACAGAUUUAAAUGAGGCACUCAUUGACACCACCUAUGACGAUCCGCCACCAUCUGUUAUACCAAUUGAUGAUGAACCCGUUAGUAAUCACCAGUUUUCUACACCUACCUCCACCGGCACCAGGACUGAGGAAAUUGUGCUAGCCGACGAUGAUGACGAAGUGGUUGUUGUAUCAUCAAAUUUACCAACCGUUAUAGAUUUAUGUACACCCAACAAUGAUGUGCCAAUUGUUCGAAAUACAACUAUAAAUCGAAAUGAAUUGACACGUAGAAAUUUAGAACGCCAUCAUGCGUUAGAAGAUGUUAAUGAAGUUUCGGUGCCACCAGUUCGCAGACGACGUGUCAGUAGUGGCCUAUCGAAACAAAAGGAUAAACAAUCCCCAAAUAAGGGCACAACACCUGACAACGAAUCUGAAUCCUCAAAUCACACACCAUUCAUGUGUCCUGUUUGUAUGGAAUCGUGUUUGAAACGCCGUCCUACCUCUACAAAAUGUGGUCAUGUCUUUUGUGAAGAAUGUAUUAAAAUGUCCAUACGUCUGACCCACAAAUGUCCCAUGUGUAAAACCAGAAUCAAUUGUUCACAACUUAUACGAAUAUAUGUGUGAUUUUUUUUAAAGAAAGACUUAAGUAUUUGUUAAAUUGCAUUGUGAUAGGCAUAGUUUUUUUAUACCUUAUUAUUAUUAAUACAUACGGAAUAUUCAAUUUUUUGUUAAGUAAAUUAUUUUGUUGCUGAUGUUUCCAAAUCCUUUUCAACAAAUUUAAAUAGGUUUGGCACAUUUCCUCCUCAUCCUUUUGAUUUAUAAGUAAUUACCAUUUUAUUGUUUGAAUCCUUUUCUGUUUUCGUCUUAGUUUAUACUAAUAAAUAUUUCAUCUGAACAAAAACAAA